CCAACCCUUUCCGCCCUGGCUUGGAGAGAGAGGAUGGAUGAAAAAAUGAGAAAGGGGCGACCAAUUGCGAGUUCUGUGCGCCUGCGACAUGCAAACAAGCAGCCCACGAGAGAGGAUAACAGAAACGUAAGUCAUAUUCAGAGACCGGAAAGUUACCAAUAGACAAAAAUAUAAAUGUAUUAUAUAGAAUUAACAUGUUUCUAUAUAGUAUAUGUGAAAUAGAGCCCUAUUCGUUAUGUGCGUAAAAUGCGCUCGGCAACGUAGGCUAUGCCUCUUGUGGGCUUGAAUCCGCAAGGAGCCAAUACAAGCGAAGAGGAGGCGUGUCUUAGCUCUCCCCCAAGACCUCCCAGAGCAGGUUGUUGCGUUUUUAGCUCUAAAGCCUCCAGACCUCCGAAGUACUCGUCAGUUUUCGAAGUCGGAGCCAUGGCUACAACAGCUCAGUAUAUUCCGCGGAAUAACUCCUUACCGUCCAACCCACUCAUGCAUCCGGAUUCGGACAGGAUGCACCAGGGGACGACCUACAGAGAGGUGCAGAAAAUGAUGCACCACGAGUACUUGCAGGGGCUAGCGGCGACCAACACGGGACAUCCGAUGAGCCUGACGCACCACCAGUGGCUGCCCACCUCCAACACCGACUGGACCAGCGGUACCCAUAUCGGGCAACAGGAGCACAACAAAGCCAGCGUUCAGGCGAGUCGAGAGGACCUGAGCAGUGGCUUCCACCAUAGAUCUCACCUGGUGCACCAGCAGACGCAGAGUAGCCACCAUGGGUCGUGGGCGCCGACCACGGCGCACCACUUGUCCCCGCUGUCGCCUGCCUCCAACGGGCACCAGUCGCUAGUUUACUCGCAGCCGGGAUACACGAACCUUAACGCCAUGCUAAAUCCCCAGCCCACCUCUCUGCACCACAGCAUGCGGGACCCGCUCCACGACGAUACAGGUAGCCAUGACAACCAGAUGGAGUCCCCCCAGCAGGCGUUCAGCCACCACCAGGACCACUCAGACGAGGAUGCGCCCAGCUCCGACGACCUAGAGCAGUUCGCCAAGCAGUUCAAACAGCGAAGGAUCAAACUGGGCUUUACACAGGCGGACGUGGGCUUGGCCUUGGGCACCCUGUACGGAAACGUCUUUUCUCAGACCACUAUCUGCAGGUUCGAGGCACUGCAGCUCAGCUUCAAGAACAUGUGCAAACUUAAGCCACUGCUAAACAAGUGGCUGGAGGAGACAGACUCAAACACUGGCAGCCCCACCAAUUUGGACAAGAUUGCUGCGCAGGGCAGGAAACGAAAGAAGAGGACCUCGAUUGAAGUUGGGGUGAAAGGGGCGCUGGAAAAUCAUUUCUUAAAAUGUCCCAAGCCCUCCGCCCAUGAAAUCACCAGUUUAGCCGGCUCUCUUCAAUUGGAAAAAGAGGUUGUCCGUGUUUGGUUUUGCAACAGAAGACAAAAAGAGAAAAGAAUGACGCCGAUAGGGGUCCCUCAUCCGAAUAUGGAGGACGUAUAUUCUCAAGCGGAGACCCCCCCUCUUCACCACACAUUACAGAGUCCUGUGCAGUGACUGUUUGCAUGAACAAUCCUACAAUUUCGGGGGAAACAAGAAAAAAAGGGAAAGGACUAUGGAGUUUACAGUAUUUCAUUUUGUUUUACUGAGAGAGAACAGAGACAUGGCAAAGUUGGACAGACAGAUGAGUUUUGUCCCAGUAACCGGAGCUUGUGUUACAACAACAAAUAGGUAGAAUGGAAAAUGGUUGAAAAGAAAAACAUACACUAUUACUGAAUUGAUUUCGUUCACAUUUUAAAUGAAACAAAUAUCUUUAUUUACCAAAAUUCUAUGGAGGAGAUGAAGUAAAUUCGAUGUUUCGUGGCUGUUCAAAGGGAACGAUUAAAUGUUGCAAGUGGUGUCUUGAACUGAUGGCGCGCACCACGGUGCGAGGUGGUUGCCUGAAAAUUAUCAACAAAGGAGACACACGCGCAAUGAACAUUUUGCUUUCCAGGCUUAAAACCGAUUAACCACUAUUUCUAAUUAUUAGCCUAUUCUUUAUAUUUGUUCUAUUAAUUGUGAUGUUUGAUUUUAACUUCAGUGUCACUUCUGUUCUGUAGACUGUUUCUAUUGUUUCUCUCAUUUUAUUCGUGUAAUGUAACUCAUCAAAAACGCCUCCCUUACUCAUACUGUUGACACUACGUCAUCUGGCCAAAGGAGUUUGUGAAAAGAUGAUGGAAAUUAUGGCACCCGUUGAUGACAAAAAUCCCCACACUUAAAUGUCAGAUGCAUUUCAAAAUUGACGAAUGCAACAGGACAUCUCACGUCUGGCAGCCUUCAAAAAUGUAUGCUUUGCAGAUAGCAACAGACGCUAAAAAGGGCAAUAUGGAUUAAUAGUUUAUGAAACACGUGUUUCUUGUCGUUUUUUGGGGGGGGGGGGUAUUUGUUUUUAUUAUUAUUUUCCUUUUGUAUGGAGCACUUAUUAUUUCGUUGAAAAUAUCAUUGCAAUUUUAUAUUGGUUUUGUUUUCAGAAUUUGUUUUGAGGUAGGCCUUUACUCACUAUUUCCAUGUUUACAGGUUCCUAAAAUCACUCCAGGGCGCCGUCAGCAACUUGCAUUGCUAACUGCCAAGCUAUUCCGACCACCUUUGGAAAGAGAUUGGUUUAAUACGAAAUGAAAGUGAUAUUCUCAGGUUACUUCAGUGCCCCAGGUCGAAGUGUCACGCUGUUCGCAUUCUUUAUAUCACAAUAAAAAGUAGAACUCGAAUUCUGUACCUUCUAUAUUGAUUUGAAAGGUAGCUUAUGCUACGCCCCAUUCAUUUAUACCAUUCCUAUUAUUGUAUUAUAACCACUAUAUACGGAGAAAUUCUGACAAUUCUCUAUUGAAAAGUGAUGAAGGGACCUGUUUUAGAUAUUUUUCUGAUAUGGAGAAGAAAGGAAAAACGGAUUAAUUAGCCUACUCGUGCGCUGCGUGUCAUUUCUCAAGGGUCUGGUACAUUCUGAUGGACAGUAGCCUAUAGUACAAUUGCGUACUGCAGACAGUGCUAUUCGAUACAGCGGGGGAAAACAACUUUCUUCAAAAAAAGAUUUGAAAUUAAAUGUUGCCAGGAUUAUUUCCAAUGUGUAAAUAUGUCGAAUAUGUAAACAUGUAUUUGUUCUGAGAUAUUUUUUUGUUUGUUUUUGUUUUUCGGGCAGUUUUGUACACUUACUAAUUCCAAGAAAAUAUUUUAAUAUGAUUUCAUUUAUGAAUCUGACCAUUUAUAUAUAUAUUUAUUUCCUAAAUGUGUUUGGAGCUUUUUGUUUGGCUCUGUUAAUGGUCAUGUUGCAGUGGAAUUCAAUAUGUUUUGUUUACUACAUUGGUUGUAUGUUGUUUGCUAAAUGUAGACUGCAAAGUCACAUUUCUCCUAUUUAUGUUAUAGUAAUAUUUUAUUACUUACAUAAAGCGUAUAUACAAGAAAAGGUAUUUUGUCUUCAUUAAGAAACCAAACCGUUUUCCUUUGUUUGCUAACCAUUGUGAAACCACCAGAUGAGGGGAAAAAAAGAGAUACAAAUGUAUGUGGUAAACAAAAAAUCCAAUGCACUAAAAUAGUGUGUUGUGCUUAACCACUCUGAUUUAAGCCGUCAGAAAGUGUUGGCCUCAACAUGUGUUCAGUUUAAACCAGUAUCCCGUUAUGUAAUUGGGAUUCAUUUAAAUCAGAGGCUGUGUACAUGUGCUGUUUUUAAAGGGACUAGACACAACAGUAUGUUUACCUCAGGCAUUCAUACCCGCAUCAAGUCCACACAAUCACUGACGUUGUUCACAUCUCUGUGUAAUCGCAGUAUUAAAUUGUGCAAUAUUAUUACGAAAA